GUGCGAGAGCUGCCUACCAAGGGAGACGAGUUGGCAGAAAAAUACGCCAUCGUCACAAAGGAGGGUAAGGACUGGCAGCCAAUCCGCAUCCACGUCUCCGCAGAAGCUGUAGAUGCCGCAGUGGAGAAAUGCAAGGACUGGGCGGCACAGGCCACUAAGAAAAAUAUCCGUGGUGAUACAGUUGACCCUAAUUACGUUGAGCUCGUGUAUCCAGAAGCAACUGAACAUUGC